CCGUUUUUUACCAGUAAAAUUUCUGACGACCCCCUCCCAUUCUCUCUUCCAGUACAAACAGUAUUAAGAAAUGACAAAAUUGUUCAAGCACAUUUUAAUAUGCUUUGAUUUAAUAGAUAACAGUAAUAGUAGGCUCCAGUACAGAACAAAGUCAUUAACAAAACCAAACAGAGCAUAAUGUGCUUGACAGUUUGUAUUACUUUUCUGAACACAUUGUUUCUUGUAAACACUGAUAAAUCAAUCAUUCCUUUCAUUAAACGUUUGACACAUAAAAAAUACACUUAGCAAAAUGUACUUAAAUGUGUAUAUUACUGUUUAUACUAGAUUAUUUACUGUAAAGGCUGUGAUUAAUCAACCAGUCCCAUCUUUAAUGAACUUUUGACACUUGAAAAUAAAACAGUGAGCUGAGCAAAAUGUUCUUAAAAGUGUGUUACUUUUUCUGUACUAAUUAUUUCCUGUCUUAACAUCAGUAAACUUUCCACUCAUGAAAAAAAAUGUGAGCAAAAUGUAGGCUAUAAACAAGUAAUAAAUGAAGUUUUAACCCCUUAAAGUGGAGAGGUCCGGGUGACCCACUGAGAGGCUUUGGCGCCCCCUUGUGGGGGUCGGGACCCCCAGGUUAGGAACCACUGAUUUAGACAGUUGUGUUUUCAGUUUUGCUCUUCAGUGUUCUUUCCACGCUUGGUAGUGUUCACCCAAAGGCUACUUGUGUUUACAGUUUUUCUCAAUUGUUUACACACAUUUUCUGGUACUUGAGACACAAUUACCACAACAUGUAACCAAUUCACCAACCCCCUUAACCAGUUCUGCUAAACUAUAAGCACAAUUCCUGCUUUGCACUCAAAUUGCAACUCUAAAACACACGUUUCUCAACACACUACACACAAUUCUCUGCUGUUGGCACAAUUUUCAUCCAGAAAACAUCUUGUUUUCACAAGGAACACACUGCUAUUCAAAUAUGCACACUGACUCAUCACAAGGGCAAACACCCGUCACACAGUUUUACAAUCAGCAAUCAGAGCUUUAGCAUAAAAGGGCAACAGGCGAGCUCUUCUGUGUUGGAGCAAUGGAUGCCAACAUUGGAAACAGAGGCAGAGCCAGAGGAGUGAGAGUGAGAGGAGGACGGGGAGGACGGGGAUGAGGAAGACCAAGGACCGUAAUCUCUGAUGAGAUCCGAGCCACUUUGUUUGAUCAUGUGGUCAACCAUGGUCUUACUGUACAAUGAGGGAGGCUGGGCAAAGAGUACAGCCACAUUUGAGCAGGUACACUGUAGCAUCCAUCAUCCGGACCUUCCGAAAUGAGAAGAGAACUGAAAGAAUACCGACACGAGGAGGUCGGGAACGUCUUCUGUCUCCUGAACAGGAAACUGAAAUGCCCAACAUGGUCCUAGAAAACAAUGCCAUAACACUACAGCAAAUACAAAUUAUAGAAAACAACGACAAGUUUCAAAAUAUAGAUAGGGUCAGCCUAGCAACACUGGACCGUGUCUUGCGAAGAUAUCAUCUCAGGAUGAAGCAGGUCUACAGGGUGCCGUUUGAACGCAACUCAGAAAGAGUCAAAGAAUUGCGAUAUAACUAUGUGCAAAGAGUCCUUGAGUUAGAGGCAGCUGCAGCGGAGCACCAGUUCAUCUUCAUCGAUGAGGUUGGGUUCAACCUCACAAAAAGACGAAAGAGGGGAAGGAAUGUCAUUGGCCAGCGUGCCAUUGUUGAAGUCCCUGGCCAGCGCGGAGGGAACAUCACAAUGUGUGCAGCGCUUGGCUACCAUGGCAUCAUCCAUCACCAUGCUACCCUUGGCCCCUACAACUCCGCCCAUCUGAUCACAUUCCUGGACACCCUACACAACACACUCAUUCCACCAGACCAGGUAGAUGGCCCAGAACAGCCCAGGUACGUUGUCAUUCGGGACAACCGAAUACGGUACGACCGACAGCCACAAACCCGUAUGCCUCUUCUCCAAGCUAUGGAGGAUGCAUGUGGAGAUAUAGCAGCUGAUUCUUUUCAUGGCUGGAAUCGCCAUGCUAGGAGAUAAUUCCCCCCUGCUUGGCCAGGGACAACAUUGCUUGUGAUGUGGACGAGGCGCUGUGGCCAGACCGCAACAGAAGAGAGGAUGCAGCAUAGUUUUCUUUUUUACUGUAACUGUAUACAGUAAAUUCUGUUGUAUGUAGUUUAUGUGUGCAACUUUGUGUUGGUUGGGAAUGGAAUAAACAUUGUGUACAAUGUUUUGUGGGAAAAUAAAAUAAUUUCUACCAUGUAUUUGUGUGUUCAGAGUGUAAAAACAAUAUUCUGAAAUAACAACACAUGCAUGUACAUACUGUCUGUAGUAUAGUAGGUGUAACACUGAACCAAAAAGGCUUUAGUCAUUAUGAUGAAUGAAGUGUUAUCCAUUCAUCAUAGUGUUUAACAUUGAGCACAUGAGUGUUCUGCUGGUGUAA